CUAGUUUCUGCGCAUGCGCGUUGCGAAUUGUAGCGACUUCCUGCCAAAUAGUUGUCCCUAACAACACACAGCACCUCACCGAGGGAAUUUCAGUUCAAGGAAACAUAAAGUUUCCUCGGAAGUAGCACUUGGUGACAUGGGCCUUGGCCAAAGCAGAAGCAGCAGAUACUGACGGCGCAGAUUUACCAGGGCGGAUGGUGAAGACGCCCUCUCCCACAGCCAUGGACGAGUCGCAAGAGGUGCCCGAGUUACCUACAAAGAAAGCUCGACAUGAUCCAGAAGUGAGUCAGGAGGGUAAUUCACGAAGUGUGGCUGGUAAUGACAGCAGUGACUCCCCUAACCGGAACGAAUCGACAGCUCAGUCAGAGGUCAAUUCAUAUCCACCAUCAUCUGUCGCUCACUUGCACACGAUUCCUGGAGGUCCAGACCGGUCAAAUCAAGAGUCGAUAUCAAGAUCCCAGGGCUGUGACUCAGAAAAUGCAUAUGACCACAAUGCAGUGACGUGCAAAGACCUCACCACAGCCACUGAAUAUACCUCACAGAUCUACCAAGGAAGCAACACCGCUGUCACUGCAUAUGCCAGUCAAGUGGCUUUCCCUUCCCUGGGCCAGUCGACCGUAUACAGCAGCUUUCCUCAGUCUGGCCAGACGUACGGACUGCCACCAUUUGGCGCCAUGUGGCCGGGCUUAAAGACAGAGUCGCGGCUGCCCGAGGCGCCCUCUGUUGGUCAGACGGGGUUUCUCAGCUUCAGCUCAGCCUAUACCUCAACCCAACCCAACCAGAUCCACUACUCCUACCCCAGCCAAGGUUCCUGUUUCACUACAUCCAGUGUGUACACUAACAUCCCUCCAGCAACUGCUGUGACCACAACUACUGGCACACAUCAGGAGUUUUCAAGUUACAACUCUCUUGGUCAGAGUCAGUUCUCGCAGUACUACGUUCCUCCUCCCAGUUACCUGUCGGCUGGGUUGCCCAGCAGUGAUAGAGAUGGAGCAGGUGUAGUGGCACCUGAAUAUCCAGCCAUUAAAACUGAAGGCAGUGCCUCAGCAAACCUGCCCAACACAACAGAUGCAUCCCCAGGUGUGACGAUCCCAACAGGUGUGGCUCUGCCUGCUGGGAUGGCCCUCCCCACAGGAGCAGGGGACCAAGACGAGACCAACCGCAAAAACCCUCCUGGCAAAGCUAAAGGCAAAGCUAAGAAAUCUGAUGGUUCCCAAUCCACAGACAAUGACCUUGAGCGUGUCUUCUUGUGGGAUCUGGAUGAAACCAUCAUCAUUUUCCACUCUCUUCUUACCGGCUCAUUUGCACAGAAGUUUGGCAAGGAUCCAGCGGCAGUUCUCAAUCUGGGUCUUCAGAUGGAGGAGCUGAUCUUUGAGCUUGCAGACACUCAUCUCUUCUUCAAUGAUCUGGAGGAAUGUGAUCAGGUCCAUGUUGAUGAUGUUGUCUCAGAUGACAAUGGGCAGGACUUGAGCAACUACAACUUCUCCAGCGAUGGCUUCAGCGGGCCCAGUGCAGGCGGUGGUCCAGGGUCCACCACAGCGGUACAGGGAGGAGUGGAGUGGAUGCGUAAGCUGGCCUUCAGAUAUCGCCGGCUCAAAGAGAUCUACAAUGGAUUCAAAGGGAAUGUGGGAGGUCUGCUGAGCCCAAUGAAGAGAGACCUACUGCUCAGGCUGUGCUCGGAGAUCGAGACUGUUACAGAUGCCUGGCUGAGCACUGCCCUCAAAUCUCCCUUGCUCAUUCAGUCGAGGGGCAGAUGCAUGAAUGUUCUGGUCACCACCACUCAGCUGGUUCCUGCAUUAGCUAAAGUGCUUCUCUAUGGCCUGGGUGACGUCUUUCCCAUCGAGAAUAUCUACAGCGCCACUAAAAUAGGAAAAGAGAGCUGCUUUGAGCGCAUCAUCUCUCGCUUUGGGAAGAAAGUGACCUAUGUUGUUAUCGGGGACGGUCGUGAUGAAGAGUUUGCAGCAAAGCAGCACAACAUGCCGUUUUGGCGAAUCUCGUCUCACGGAGACCUGAUUUCCCUUCACCAAGCUCUGGAACUGGACUUCUUAUAGAUGGAGCUGGAGGUAAGACAUGGAUCUCUCCAGCUGCACCCAUCAGCAAUCCCAUCCACCCCUUACCUGAUCCAGCGCAGCCGUGGAGCAGCUGACGUAGACUCUGGGACGUUAGCGGUCACAGACAAGAACUCAAGACGGUCUGUGACACGACCUCACAAGCCCUCCAUUCCCUCAAUGGCAGCUAUCCUCCCCUUAGGUUGACUCUUGCACUGGGACGCCACACAACCGUACACAAGGAAAAGAGGAAAAAACUGUCUCCCAUUCUCAUUGCAUCUUUCUCUUGGAAAAAGGAUGUACUUUACCAUCUUCAACAUAACUGGUUUCACCAAAGGAACAACCCAUGACCAAAGGACUGCACUGGCACAGAAACUUAGGAUUAAACUUAGUUUAAGUCUUUUUCUGCAUUCUUUCUAAAGGGCUGAAAAGUAAGUUGGAGUCAUUUUGAUUUGCACUCAUUCCAAAGGUCAGGUUCUUAUUAGAUGGCAGGUUACAUGCUUUAGAAGCCUCCAAGAAAUGAUGUGAUUAUUUCAGUUCUUAAACAGGAUCGCAGACGUGGCCUGUUUAAUAUGUGUACAGAUGGUACCAACAAGGUUUAGCAUAGAUCCCACUUAAUUUUUCCUGUAUCUAUGGAUUUUCCUAAAUGUUCCUCAGUUCCUGGGAUCUACUUUCGUUUACUCUUCAUACACACUUUAUCAUUUCUGCUUUAAAUUAGGCAAUAUGACGAAUUACAGAGUGCCUAAUGGAAACCAUUUGUUUUUGUACAGUUUGUCCCUCUUUUUCUUUAAAAGAAUAAAUCGCCCAAAAAUAAGAAUUCAAAUUAUUUGAAUUUUGAUUUGAAAUUAUAUGAAAUUUGAAUGGAAAAGUGGACUUCAAACUCCAAAAAUCACCAUAAGUCAAAUACAUCUAGUGUGUGUUAUCUGAUGGAAGUCAUAAUGAGUACAGACCUAAAUUUAAAUGGUUUACAAACAGUCUUCUUCCCCUUUGUUUAGCUCUAAAGUCUAACUCGGUUAUUAGUGUUUUGAUGAUUUCAGAAAACUGUUGGAUCUCAGCAAUCUGUCUCUACUCACGUUUUACUGCAUGGAAAAGAGCAGCAUUUUUGUGUUAAGAAAGUUGAGUUUUAUGGGUUUGAAUCAAC